CUCUCUCUCUCUCUCUGGCUCCUGAUGGUACACUGGGUUUGGUUUUGCAGGAGCGAGAUGCCUCACACAGCCUAAUGUGAAAACACACUCUUAGAGAAAACAGCAACAUCCACAGUGCAAAACGAAGAAAAUCCUAGUCAAACAUUAGCUUGCCCUUUCCAGCUUUAGAGGUUUUUACAGACCUUUGCACAGAUGGCCCAGAUAUGCAGUCACCACGGGACCCCUGUGCCAGCGGUGACUGUAGGAUUUCUGCUACUGAUGUGUGCAACAUGGGCCGAACCAUACAGGACAUCUUUCAGUGAGACAGACCAUGAUCGAUAUGAAGCAAGAAAUCAACAAAACACAGACCACCGAGACAACAGCAGGACAACCGAAUGCCGACGAUGUUGUGACCCAAGAGAGGAGCCUCGCCAAUAUGGCAGCACUUACCCACAAUACCAGGUGGUUCCACAGAUAAAUAUCACCAUCCUUAAAGGGGAAAAGGGAGAAAGCGGCCAGCGUGGACCCAGUGGCAAAGUAGGCAAGACAGGGCAGUUAGGCCCAAAAGGACCGAAUGGCUUAAAGGGCUCCAAGGGCAAUAUGGGAACCCCUGGAGAACCCUGUAAAUCCUACUAUUCUGCCUUCUCAGUAGGCCGGAAGAAAGCCCUGCAUAGCAAUGAGUACUACCAGACGCUGGUGUUUGACACAGAGUUAGUCAACCUCUACGACCAUUUCAACAUGUUUACAGGCAAAUUCUUUUGCUACGUGCCAGGAAUUUAUUUCUUCAGCCUCAACGUACACACAUGGAACCAGAAGGAGACGUACAUGCAUGUGAUGAAAAACGAGCAGGAGAUGGCCAUCCUGUAUGCACAACCCAGUGAUCGUUCUAUCAUGCAGAGCCAAAGUUUGAUGCUGAACCUGGAGAGAGAUGACGAGGUGUGGGUUCGACUCUAUAAGGGCGAGAGAGAGAAUGCCAUCUUCAGCGAUGACUUUGAUACCUACAUUACGUUCAGUGGUUACCUCAUCAAAGCCAACAGUGAAGCUUAGCUGAGUUCAGUGAUGCACUAGCGGGCACAAAAUAUAUACUGUUUUAUAGAGCCAUGGAAAUAACAUUGUAUUGCUUAUUUUAUAUGGGACAUUUGGUAUUUAUAAAAAGUCCUUCUGGAUUUAUUUAAUCUGAGUAAAAUGUAAACAGAGACAGGGGAAUAUCAUGGGUGGAGCAUAAAGCUGAACCAAGGACCAAAAUGAAUCGUGGCUUAUGACCUGUAUUACUCUAUUAUGCUCAAAUAUUUAUUUUGUUAAGCUUAGCUAUGGGAGAGUGGUGUUCUUGUGGGUUUGUUUCACAGGUCAACACUUACACAAUAAUUUACCUGUCGUUAUGAUGGGUUUGGUGCUUCAUCUUGCACUAGAUGAUGGGAAUAUUUUGCCAUGAUACCAUGAUCAAGUACGAUGCAGUCCGAUGGUACUGUUGAACAUAUUAUCUGGAAUGGAAUUCUAUAAAAAAUAUUUCUAUAUUAUUAGAAAUUGCAUUUAUAGCAUUUUUACACUCAAGUAAUAUAAAAAAAAUUGCAGGUACACUCUGAAAUUUUAGGAAAUAUUUACAAAAAAGGUGAAAUGCUAUAUUUAUGGGUUGUCAGAUUAAAAGUUAAAAGUUUGUCAAGUCCGUCCUCCAUGAGAAGAGAGAACUCAGAUCCCUUGGCACUUUACAGGAAGUACCCAAUAAAAGGCAAAAUGGAGGCUUCAGGGAGAGGCAUUUUUAUUGUGAACAGUUGUAAAUGUUCUUCUUUCUCUCACUGACAUUAAUAGAAAAUAACUCCAUGUG